GUCAUUCAAGUCAUAUUUAAUCAAACGGUCACAUCUCGCAGACCAUUGUUCAAAGGAUAUAAACCAUGCAGGAAAAAAUACUGCGCCUCUUAAUAAAUCAAUGGAACCAAUUAUUAUUCGAAAACCAUCGUCAUGUACAGUGUUAAAACAAUGUUCAGCGCUUAAAAUAGUAUUAGGAGAAAUUAGAGAUGCUGUGCAUAUUAAAUCUCUGUCCACUAUAAUAUCUGAGAGACUUGUCAUCUAUUUCUUAUGUGGACAGUGUAUUAUAUUUUACAACCCAUAUGGUGUUAUAAAUGCCAAACCCUUAAUCGGAACGAAUAUUAGAUCAGCAACAGAUAACGAAUUCCCGAGUGUUGUAUCCAUUCAGCUUAUAUGCGCGCAUCAGACACCCGUUGAACAACAUGUAUGCACGGGAACACUGAUCUCCAAAAACGAUGUCUUAACCGCUGAACAUUGUUUAAGCGAUGCAAAUAACUUUAAUAGCGUGCGAAUAUCAAUGGGCACAGUUGAUUUAAAUAGAAAUACACAUGGUUACGUUGCAUGGUGGCUAACAUAUGUUGCAUGGGCUUCACAGAGGCAAGUGCAAAUAACUCACUAUCAGAAUGAUAUUGCUAUAAUAAGGUUAACGGCAGAUAUUCCCAAUGGAUUAACUCCUUCGUUGAUGCCAUUCCUGACAAAUUAUGAUUUGUACCAAGAAGAUGUUACUAUGGCAGGCUGGGGAAAAUUAAGAAAUGGCACUACUAGUCGAAUCAUGCAAACGGUUGAUUUGAAGGUCCUAACGCAACACGAAUGCAAUGACAGAAUUAGCAGACUCCGUGGAACACCGAGCAAUCUCGAAGAAAUAUUCGUGUGCACCGCUAAGCAACCAUUCGUUAUAUUGGGCAAGGGAGACAGUGGCGGUCCUCUUUUUUUUGAUGAUGAUCUUGUAGCCAUAAACAAAGCUACGGCUCCAGCUUUAGAUCACGUCAAUCAAGAGGAAAAAGUAAAUAUUCACAUAAACAUUACAUUUUAUAGACGAUUCAUUGUACACGUUCGAUUAUAUCUUUGAAUUUCGUAUUUAUUACUUAUUACGAAUAUUACAU